UGACACGCCCCGUGAUGAACCGGCUCAAACUAGCAGAUAAGAUAUUUGCUCACACCCUCAGGUUUGCACAUGCAUUUGGAAACGAAAACAACAUGUUCCCUAUGCUGGUGUUCACGUGUUGCAGACCACGUCCAGCACGUUAUAAAACACUUUGUACGAAGGCUUGCGGUGUAUUGAGCACAACCAUGGACGUGGUGAAGUUGAGGUCGCCUUAUGCGUUGUCUCUCAACGGGAGGCGUGCGAUGAGCGGCGAGCCGGCCCCGCCAUGCUGCGAGAUUCGCUCCAUUUCUGCCUCGACCACUCAGCCACUUCGACAGAAGGUCCUUCGUCCGGACCUCACCAGCGUCCCGUACCGCGGCGACGAACGCCCAGACACGGCACAUUUCGGCGCCUUCCUUGGAGACCAGCUCAUUGGGGUGGCCUCCGCCUUCCGAGAGCCCCUAGCCCCUCCCGGAGGUCUUCCGCCCCAGUGUUCCUUAGCGGAGGCCGCCGCUACCCAGGACUCCUGGCGCAUCCGCGGCGUCGCUGUCGACGCCUCGUUGCGGGGCAAAGGAAUCGGAUCCAAACUCAUCAAUGCUUGCAUCAAGUACUCGAUAGACACUGGAGGGACGUGCGUCUGGUGUGUGGCCCGUUGCUCUGCCGAGAUUGUGUACGAAAGACUAGGCUUCAAGAGAACUGGCGAACUCUUCCGUCUGGACGGUAUCGGCCCGGUGCGCUACAUGGUCAAGAGACUUACUCCGAACGGUAACUAACGCGAGAUUAUUUGGCUUUGUCUUUGCUUCUGGGACCAACGUCUCCACACUUGUAUCUUCAUCCUGCCGGUAACGAUGUACCGUGCCAGAAUCUGUCGAAGUGACGGGACUGUCAUAUACGCGCACCGGUCUUAGAGGGCACGUUCCUCUAAGAUCGGUGCUACGAAGACGACCCUUUAUGUUAUUGCUUUCUCACUGGGUGACGUCAAAUGUGAUAUGUUGCCAGAUUGGCAUAGAAACUUAAAAGAAUUUAGAUAACAUUUUAAAAACUUCAAUUUUAUGUCGUCGCGACUUGGCAUGGCGUAGCGCAAGUUUAGAUAACUUCCAGCUGAGAGGGCGUCACCCAGUGAAAAUGACCGUCAUGUAUAGGGAUGUUUCCGGUGGCAUCUAAGUGGACUGUGUGCAGGCCGUGGGCAAAGUCGUGUCCGAACCGUGGACGGGUACCAUUGCAACGGUGAAAUGGGUAGAGCUGUUGUCCGGUCACAGUUGUCGCUACACGUUUGUAGCAGACGACGUCUUUGCCAACCAGUCACGCGCUCUCUUCCCAUAUGACUUCCAGUCCUCGUUGCGCGCGGCCCACAGUCUACUUUCGCGGAGGCCCGUGGUUAUAUCUGUGUAUAUUUUCAAACUUAAUACGUCAAUCUUAACUGCAAGAUUCCGUCGGAUUCGCUUUCACGUCAUGUCCGCUUUGCCAGAGAGUCGUCAUUUUGAUAAUCAUUCUGGGCUUCUGCAUGACUUUUCGUAGGGUCGUAGUCUAUUACUCUGUGCUUCCGCAAAGUCGAUCGCAGGCUCCAGAACCAUUAUGGCGACUCCCACAUUGUUGUUGUACAUUUGUGGCUUUUUCUACGGUGCGAUCUAUAGCCUUAUGAGCAGUUCCAGGUAAGAAUAUAAUGGUAGCCCCGCGAUGUAACCCCUGCAGUCUUCAGCACGUUACUUCCUGAAACCUCUCGCAGAAUACUUAGAGACACCUAGCGGUGCCAGGUUGUCACUAAGUCUGGAGCUUUGAUGUGACCACUUCUGGAACAUCUGGAUCAUCUAGAACAGCAGUAUUGUACACGUUAUCAGGGUGAAGUACCAGACUUGCAAAAACACUGAAGCAUUCAUGCUCAGUUGAUCAAGGUUAGUAGACACUGGUUGUUGGACGGCUGUGUCCAGGAUUUCGACUUCGAGGUCUUACCCUUCCGUACACACACACCCACACACAAGGCAAAGAAAAAGUUCUUAAGAUAGUAUGUACACAGUAAGGAAACUGGUACAUACGAUAAUUUCCGUAGCUGUCGGUACCCUAUCAAGUUGUCGUAGCACGAAUCGAACCUUAACAAGUGGGCGGCGCACGAUAUCUGUUAUUCGCGAGUAUUCAGCGGUUUCUCAAGAUAACGCAAUUCUGAAUCACCCAUAUUGGGAGGCAAUGUAGUGAUAUAGACAUGAAAUUGCAAUGACUUUUCAACUUAAAGUACGUAAACACAGCUCAGAAUUACAGUCGUUCUAGUUUGGAUAGUCAAGCGCUUAGCAAGAAAGCUGGAAAGUUCAGGCGAGAUAACACCUCUCCCCGCCCCCUUGCAGACACGUCACCCGUGGGUAUCCGUUCAAAUAGUGCCGUCAAUAAACAGUAUUGCCAAGCUAUGGUAAAAGUUUGUUCGGACGCAGUUGUUUUGAGGAACCUGAGGCGAAAACGUCAGCUUUGGAAAGUAACGAGAGAAUGAAAUAUUAUCGAUUGAAAACGGCGCUACCGCUAGUUCUGUAUGUACAAUACAAUAGUGCCACUUCCUCUGGCUUCAUAAAUUUCCAUGUAAUUUUGUGGUACUUCCGCAAUGACGUCCAAGGUCUCUUUUUAUCAGCCACGCGCGGGUUCGGAGUUUUCAAAAUAUUCUCCCAUUUCAUCUUUCUAUGGCUGCCGCUCUCUUCUACCAGACUUUUAUUAAUUGCCUAUAAAGCGGCACAAAUAGCAUACCUAGAAUGUGAUGUUAACAUGUGAAGGCUUUGAGUUCUAGUCACUGCUUUUUUAGUAAAAAAAAAAGGGGGGGUUCCACUGACUAAGCACUGAAAUGAUGAUAUACUACGUUUCGACAGCAUGUUUCACGUUUACUCCACUGCUAAUGAUUACGCCUUAUUCUUGGCGUUUUCUUGUACAUUCCGGCGCUCUUUAAUGAGGUAGACAUAGCCUUUGGAGAACCUGCUCGUCAAUGAUAUGCGACAUCCAGUAUUACAAUACUUUUUGCGGAAUCUUUGUUUCAUCUUUUUGGAAUACUAUUUGUAUACGCGAUAUGUCUGAGUAAAGAAUCACAACGUCGCCGAGGGACAUGUCUUCUUGAACGAUUAAAAAUUUUCAUUACUUUGUC